UCGGCCCGGCUGCGGCUGUAGUGGCGCCGGCGCCUCCUCGGCUGCUGUGGUGACUGGGGGCUUUCUGGAGAGCCCGGCCCAGCGCGGGCCGCCUGUGGAGCCGUCCGGCCCGGCAGGGACCCUCGAGGCCCAUUCUUCUUGUCAUUGGCCGACCGCCAGCAGGCCUGGCCGCUUUACAGCGAGGAGAACAUCUCCUCAGGGCCAUGUCCAGGCCGAGCAGCGUCUCCCCGCGGCCGCCGGCUCCCGGCGGGGGCGGGGGCGGCCCCGCGCCGUGUGGUCCUGGGGGCGGCGGCCGGGCCAAGGGGCUGAAGGACAUUCGUAUAGACGAGGAGGUGAAGAUCGCGGUCAAUAUCGCCCUGGAGCGCUUCCGCUAUGGGGACCAGAGAGAGAUGGAAUUUCCUUCUUCUUUGACCAGUACAGAAAGAGCCUUUAUUCAUCGAUUGAGUCAGUCUCUUGGUUUGGUUUCUAAAAGUAAAGGAAAGGGUGCAAAUAGAUACCUAACUGUGAAGAAGAAAGAUGGAUCAGAAACAGCUCAUGCAAUGAUGACCUGUAAUUUGACUCAUAAUACAAAACAUGCUGUUAGGAGCCUAAUUCAGAGAUUUCCUGUCACCAAUAAAGAGCGUACUGAACUUCUGCCCAAAACAGAAAGAGGAAAUGUGUUUGCAGUUGAAGCUGGUGAAGAAACUGGGGCUUAGAGAAGUCAAGUAAUUUAUUAACGGCCACUCAACCAGCCAGUAAACUGCAGAGUUGGUAUUUGACUGCAAGGUCUGAACUUUCCUAUAUUAUGCUGCCGUGACACAAUAAUGAGUGAGAUUUUGAAUUGGGGUUUAGUUUCUGGUAAGAGACAGGACAGAGUCUUCAGUACAUUAACUUGCACAAAGGUAGAUUAAUAAUAAAUUUAGGUUAUAAAAUGAAGUUGUACUGUUUGGAAAACCAACUUUUAUAGUGAGAAAAUUAUUUUGUUACCUACAAUGACAUAAUUUGCAUUAUAUCUGUUCUUGGAGUAGCU